GCCGGUGACACCGCGGCCGGGGGUGGGGCAGCCUGGCCCGGGCAGGGCGGACGAUGGCUCCGGCGCCCGGCUCAGGGCUGCGGCGCAAGGGGGCGGCGGGGCCGGGCUCGCUGCGCCAGGGCCUGCGGCGAGCCUGGCAGGAGAAGCACCGGGUGCUGCUGGCGCCCCAGUACACGGGGCUGGUGGCCGCCUGCCUCUGCCUGGCGGAGGUGGGGGUCGCGCACUGGGUCAUACGCCGGGUGCCAUACACGGAGAUCGACUGGAAGGCCUAUAUGGACGAGGUGGAGGGAGUCGUGAAUGGGACCUUCGACUACACCCAGCUGAAGGGAGAAACCGGGCCCCUGGUUUACCCUGCUGGCUUCGUUUACAUCUUCCUGGGUCUCUACUACCUCACCAGCCAUGGCAUCAACAUCCGCCUGGCGCAGUAUCUCUUUGCUGCGCUCUAUCUCGUGACCCUGCUGCUUGUCUUCCGCAUCUACAGCCGGACCAAGAAGGUUCCUCCCUAUGUUUUCUUCUUCAUGUGCUGCGCCUCCUACCGCAUCCACUCCAUCUAUAUCCUACGACUCUUUAAUGACCCCGUCGCCAUGACGAUCCUCUUCCUCGCAGUCAACCUCUUCCUGGAAGAGCGCUGGUCCUGGGGCUGCUUCUUCUUCAGCCUGGCUGUGUCGGUGAAGAUGAACGUCCUGCUCUUCGCUCCAGGCCUCCUCUUCCUGCUCCUUUGGCGCUUCGGCCUCCUGGGCACCAUCCCCAAACUCUCCAUCUGCGCGCUGCUGCAGGUGGCCCUGGGGCUGCCCUUCCUGCUGGCGAACCCCGUUGGUUACGUGACCCGCUCCUUCGAUUUGGGCCGCCAGUUCCUUUUCAAGUGGACGGUGAACUGGCGGUUCCUGCCGGAGGAGGUGUUCCAGCAUCGGGCCUUCCACCUGGCGCUGCUCGCAGCCCACCUGGGCGCCCUGGGGCUCUUUGCGCUGCACCGGUGGCACAGGUCUGAGGAGAAUCUCUUGUCGUUGCUGAAGGACCCAACAGAGAGGAAGAGUCCACCGCAGGCCCUGACGGCCAACCAGGUUGUCUUCGUUCUCUUCAGCUCCAACUUCAUCGGCGUGUGCUGCAGCAGGUCCCUGCACUAUCAGUUCUACGUGCAGGCGAGAGGGGUCUCCCAUUGCAGGGUGCUGAUCCUGGGCCUCAUUGAGCUCUCCUGGAACACGUACCCCUCCACAGUGUGCAGCUCAGCCUGCCUGCACGUGUGCCACGGGAUCAUCCUGCUACAGCUCUGGCACGGCACCGCUGCCCCCCUGGAGCCGCAGGGCCACCCUGCUGCCCAGAAAACCAGCCCUUCCCAGAAAAAGACAGAGUGAGACCGCGGGCAGCUGGAGGAUGGAACAUGCAGGCUCUCCCCUGGGAGCCGGACCUGGCUAUACUGCCUCAUGGCACGACGGCUCAGGCUGGGAGCUCUGGUCUCAGAGUUUCCAGGCUGUUCUGCAGGCACCGCUCAGCCGGCGGCACUCCUCCGCCGGCGGCCCUGUCUGUCCUACCGUGUGGCUGCGUGGAGCUGCCCUGCCGCGCCCCCCUCCCCCUUGGGGAUACCUGUUCUCUGGGAUUUCCUCAAUAAAAGUGGCAGUGUCCCCAUGGGCUCCUGCUCC